UGGAAGCAGCAAAUCAACUUUCGUCAGUAAUUCUGGCACCACUAGAAGGAGAAAAUGCAGUUGGCUUGGCAUCAGGCUCUUAUUUUGUUGGCAGUAGGGUUGAUGUGAAAUCCCUAUUGAAGAUGUGUAAGAACUGGAAGAAACCCUCAGCCCUCGUCAAAGGGAAGUGUGUGCUGAUCUCUCGCUUGCGGUUUGAGGUUGAUAUUGGAUAUUCUGUGGAAGUGAUUGGAGUAUUCAAACAAAUGGCUUCCAGAAAUUAUGAUGUGAACACCCGAAAGUGGAAUUUUCUUCUGGAGGACUAUCCCAAACUAAUGGAAGUGUUACAGAGCCUUGUGUCAGUAGAAGUGGAGCCGCUGCCUGAGGCAGUGAUACAAACCUUUGCUGCUCAAAUAGAGAGAUCUACAGCACAGGCAGACAUUCCUGAUGCCGACCUUUCAACAGUGGACUCCAAAAUUGUGAUGAGCCUCAUGCCCUUUCAGCGGGAAGGUGUGAAUUUUGCAAUUUUAAGAAAUGGACGUUUGCUUCUUGCGGAUGACAUGGGCUUGGGCAAGACCAUCCAGGCGAUCUGCAUCGCUGCGUAUUACCGAAAGGAAUGGCCCUUGCUGGUGGUGACUCCUUCUUCUGUGAGGUUUACAUGGGCAGAGGCAUUUCACAGGUGGCUUCCAUCCUUAAGUCCAGAUAGCACCAAUGUCAUAGUGACCGGCAAAGACAACCUAACAGCAAGCUUGAUCAACAUUGUCAGCUUUGACCUCCUCAGCAAGAUGGUCAAGCAACUUAAGAGCACUUUCCAAGUAGUUAUUAUUGAUGAAUCUCAUUUCCUAAAGAACAUAAAAACUGCUCGAUGCCGAGCUGCCAUGCCUCUACUCAAGGCUGCCAGGAGAGUGAUCUUGCUUUCGGGAACCCCCGCCAUGUCGCGGCCCAUGGAGCUCUACACGCAGAUCGCGGCUGUCCAGCCAGCCUUCUUCCCACAGUUCCACUCCUUUGGGCUACGCUACUGUGAUGCCAGGAAGAUGCCAUGGGGCUGGGACUACUCUGGAUCAUCCAACUUAACUGAACUUAAAAUUUUGUUGGAAGAAUCCAUCAUGAUCCGACGCCUGAAAUCAGAUGUGCUUUGCCAGCUUCCAGCAAAGCAACGCAAAAUGGUUGUGGUGGCUCCUGAAGGCAUUAAUGCAAAGACAAAAGCUGCCUUGGCAGCUGAAGCGAAGAAGAUGGCCAAAGGAUAUAAAAGUAAACAACAGGAGAGGGAAGCUCUUUUUCUCUUCUACGGCAAAACGGCAGAAGCUAAAAUCCAUUCAGUCAUAGAAUACAUACUGGAGUUACUGGAAAGUGGGAAUGAUAAAUUCCUAGUGUUUGCUCACCACAAGAUAAUACUGGAUGCAGUAGUUGCAGAGCUGGAGAAUAAACAUGUUGAAUACAUUCGCAUUGACGGCUCCACGCCUUCAGCUGAGCGGCAGUCUCUGUGCCAGAAGUUCCAGUUCUCAGAGAAGCAGACUGUGGCUGUCUUGUCCCUCACUGCUGCAAACAUGGGCCUGACGCUGUCUGCUGCGGACCUGGUGGUGUUUGCAGAGCUCUUCUGGAAUCCAGGGGUUUUGAUCCAAGCAGAAGAUCGGGCACAUCGAAUUGGGCAGACCAGCUCCGUUAAUGUUCACUACCUGGUGGCUAAAGGCACAGCAGAUGACUACUUGUGGCCAAUGAUUCAAGAGAAGAUAAAAGUGCUGGGGGAAGCUGGUCUUUCAGAAACCAAUUUCUCUGAAACAGCUGAAUCCACUAAUUACUGCCUUAAGACAGAUCCAAAGCAGAAGACCAUCUAUGAACUUUUCCAGAAGACCUUCUCUGAAAGCAGAGAUGAAACUGAUGAAGUUUUGCUUUUGGAAGCAGUUGAUGCUUGCUGUGAGUUUGACUCUGGCAGGGACUUGCAAGAUACAGAAGGACAGACGUGUUCAGUGAGUUCCCCCAAAAAGCGGCGUAUUGAGGAGUUUUUUAAAGUUUGA